AUGCAGCGGCCUUUCGAUCUCGACAUCAUAAAUAUACAAGACAAAGGUCAGGAAAAGUGGAAGAAAAAAUAUGUCUACUGGAUCCCGGCUCUGCACCUAGAGGGCAAGGAGAUAGCCAAGGGCCGGUGGGACGCGCAGACGGACGAUGGGAGGAGUCGUUGCUUUAACUGCGGUUCCAAGGAGCAUAUGGUUUCAUCAUGUCCUCUCCCCCUUGAUCGACAACUCAUAUCUCUUUCGCGCCAACUCCGGAACUUCUACCAUGAGCUACGCGACGGGCCAGGGCAAGGUAGGCGCUUCCAUGUAGUCGAGGAUUGGAAGAACCAACGACUCAGGUGGCUUGAUGAAUUCGAACCUGGGCAAGUAAGGGGAGCACUCCUGCGCGAAGCGCUCCAGUUAGAAGACGGUGAUCCCGGGGAGAAUGCCCCUUGGCUGAAAAACAUCGCCGUCUGGGGUUACCCCCCAGGCUGGACUGGUGAGAGGGAUCCAAAGGAGAAAGUAGCCAUGCGCAUCGUCGACCUGGAUGAAGAGGGCGGUAGCGACGAUGCAGAUGACGAAUCUUUUUUCAUUUUUGGGGAGCGCGGGGACGAAGAAGUCAACAUCAAGCUCCCUAUGGUUACUGCAGAGCCAUCUAGCCUUGACGAUGACGGCUCCAACAUCAACAAAACUACAGAAGCAGUUAGUGCCUGGGGGGAUGUCACGACUGAGCGCAACGACGCUAUCGAGCAAACAAAACGUGGCGUACUAGCCGUCAGUGGAUCCAGACGGGUGCGUCGAUGGGCGCAGUACCCAUCUACCUACUUUUCAUCCGAAUUGCUACCUGUAUAUGUCGGCGUGGCGCUCCCGCCCUUGUCGCCUGCAGGAGACGUACCUGCGUCAGCCGAUGGCGAUGGCACCUAUACGUUAGACCGUGAAACCCUUUGGGCUAAUAUCCUGGCAGGUCAUAGGGUGGGCUCAGCUGCGCAUGCCGUUCAUCUCAUUACAACGCCGGGACUGCCUCCUGCUCCACCUGGUUCGCCUCCUCCACCACCGCCGCCACCGGAGUUGCCACCCCCUCCACCACCGCCUCCCAUUUCCGGCACACUCAACCUGCGCGCUUCUUCUGGUUCUGCCCAGGCCGACGAGGAUGACAAAGACAUGGAUUUAUCGGAUUAG